GCGCCGGUGCGCGCCACAGCCACACUAAUAUUCUUUUGCGCUUUCUUUCUUCUUCUUUCCGAUUCCAAUUCCUUUCACUUUCUCGCUCUUUCUUGUCUGACAACCCAAACAAACGAAUUCAAAACCUGCAAGCUCUCCUCAUUUGAAAUACCCUAUCUCUCUCUCUCCUCCAGUGUCUUUCUCUACUUCUUUCUGUAGGCCACUCUUUCCUUCGUUGUCUCUUUAUUCUUGAAUCUGUGCCGGCCAUGAUGGACAAUGGGUUCUCUUCCCCUCGACACGACCCUUUUCCUGCUGGUCUCCGUGUUCUUGUUGUCGAUGACGAUCUCACCUGGUUGAAAAUUCUUGAAAAGAUGCUCAAGAAGUGCUCUUACGAAGUGACGACUUGUGGUUUAGCAAUAGAUGCUCUGCACUUGCUUCGUGAGAGGAAAGAUCGAUAUGACAUCGUAAUCAGUGAUGUCAACAUGCCUGACAUGGAUGGUUUUAAACUUCUAGAACAUGUUGGACUGGAGAUGGAUCUACCUGUCAUUAUGAUGUCUGUUGAUGGAGAAACAAGUCAGGUUAUGAAAGGCGUUCAGCAUGGAGCCUGUGAUUAUCUUCUUAAGCCAAUACGAAUGAAAGAACUUCGAAACAUAUGGCAGCAUGUAUUGAGAAAGAAGAUCCACGAGGUAAGAGACAUUGAAAUUCUUGAAGGAAUGGAAAGUAUACAAAUGACUAGAAAUGGAUUAGAUCAGUCCAGUGAUGGUCACUUGCUUUGUGGAGAAGAUCUGACUUCUGUCAAGAAAAGAAAAGAGGCUGAAAACAAGCAUGACGACAAAGACCCUGGUGACAGUUCUUCCACAAAGAAAGCCAGAGUAGUUUGGUCAGUAGACCUCCAUCAGAAAUUUGUCAAAGCUGUAAAUCAGAUAGGAUUUGAUAUUGGUCCAAAGAAAAUCCUUGACUUGAUGAACGUGCCAUGGUUGACAAGGGAAAAUGUUGCAAGCCACUUGCAGAAAUACCGCCUCUAUUUGAGUAGAUUGCAGAAGGAAAAUGACACAAAAACUUCUGUUGGUGGGGGAAAGCAUUCAGACUCACCUUCAAGAGAUUCUGCUGGUAGUUUUGGUAUUCAGAACUCUAUCAACAUCCAACGGAAUGAUAUUUCAAACGGUAGCUAUGGAUUUUCAGGUAAUAGUUUAAUUGUCCGAAAUGUGGAGCCUAGAAGCCAGGAAAAUGAGCGAAAGGGAAUUGUUUCAAAGACUGCUGUGGAACCCAAAAGAGCUUUAGCUGUUGAAGUUCCUGAUCCUUGUAAGCCCAAGAGUUCAGAAAUGGAAUUUGGUCAUUCUUUUACAUCUCCAGCAUCAGAGGUAAACUUUGCAGAAUUUGGUUCAAACUUCCCAACUAAGUUUUCAUGGUGUGCAAUUCCACAAAGUCAACUGAAGCAAGAACAGAACCCACUCCAUUUAGAUGCUGGGUUUAGCCAGCGAACACGACCCGGAAAACAGCAGCACAUUCAAGUUGAUUAUCCACAACCAUCUCCACCCAUUAUUUCCGGAUCUUCUGUAACUGAAAGAAACAUGGAUGGCUCUGUUAAAAUUAAACCUAUAUAUGAUGAGUGCAGGAACAAUGGUAGCCAAGUGAGUUCAGCAAGGAGCACAAUGGACUCUUACCAGGUUCAAACCAAGACCUAUGAGGUGAAUCAUCAAGCUUAUGAGCCCAUUUCAACCAACACAUCAAGCCUGAAAAAUCAGGCUGCUUUCAAUCUGAGUAGCAUAUCAGACUUGGAAUCAGCCCAAAAGAGUAUAAAUUGGGCAAUGUCACCUUUGGCAACAUUGGAUGAUGAUUUUCAAGUCCGCUGGGUUCAAGGUGAUUGUUAUGCUAUGAAUCUUGGACUGCAGAACAUCGAGUUUCCAGAGUAUUUUGACGGGGGGCUCCUCGCUGAUGUUCCAACACACCUCUACGAGAAUCUCUAUGACUCAACAGAAUGUUCUGUAAUAGAGCAAGGUUUGUUUAUAGCAUAACCUUGCUCCACCACCUCCCAUGGAAUUUCAUCAUUGCCUAUUAUCUAAAGUAGAUCAUCGAUCUAUCCGAGGAAUGUUUAGAACUCCUAUGGAUUGGAAAAUUAUUUCCAUGACAGUCAUGCUCUUGGAUGUUGCAACAUGUAUAAUAGCGACGAUGUCAAACAUUUAGCAUAUAAUAAGCUUUGCUUCUUCAGGUUUCUCUAA